AUGACCAUUCAUCUGCCUCUUUGGCGAACCCAAUUCUCCACCGUCAUCAGCAUCUACUCUCCCCCAAUGACCAGUUCCGACGAGGUAAAGGAGAAAUUGUACGAGGGCCUGCACGCCUUCCUGCUGACUGUGCCGAAGGCGGAUAAGAUGGUUGUCCUCGUUGACUUCGAGGCCCCCGUCGGGGCAGACGAAGUUGCCUGUGAGGGAGGGCUGGUCCCCGUGCUCUCGGCGGCCGUAACGAAAACGGACUUCUUCUUCUGCGAACCUGCUCGGGGCAUCGCUUCCUGCUGGACAACGCCUCCUUCCGGCGCGGGAUAA